ACGACGCUUGCAUGUUUUGCUGGGCUUUUCUCCGAGAGGCGACGAACGGCUGGGAUGUUUUCAAAACCAGCGAUGAACGUCACACAGCCGUAGGGUACGGUUAACGUCCAAUAUUUAGGAAAUAACUGUUUAUAUUGCGCAAUAUUCACAUAUAGCUGGACCUGAAUGAGUCGGUGGGAACGCGUAACCCAGUGAAAAGGUGCAUGAUGAACCCGCUGUGUUGUAGCUGUCGCAGCUAGUCAGGUGCCACACCAUGGCCAAACCUGGGAGCGACAAAGAUGGAGCCAUGGUGGAUAAGCAGGCGGGGAAGAAGAGCAAAGACAAGUUGUCCCCAUUCACCAAAACUCCGAAGCUGGACCGGAGUGAAUUGCUGGGGAAGGAAGGGAAAGCCAAGUCUUCCAUGAAGCGCAAGCUCUCCUUCACUACCAGUCCACUCAGGACAGAGGAGCGAGACUCUGACACUGAUGACUCAGACCCAGGCCAGUCGAGUGAGACCUGGGGAGAGAGAUUAGUGCCUCCCUGCAGGAUAUACGCAGAUAAAGAUGGACCAGACAAGAAGAAGGUGAAAAAGGAGGCUGGGGGCAAGAAGUCCCAGGCCAACCUUUUGUUUGGGUAUCCUCUAUCAGAGCGCAAACAGAUGGCUCUCCUAAUGCAGAUGACUGCCAACAGUCCAGACUCUACUCCCAGUCACCCCUCACAAACGACCCCCGUGCAGAAGAAAGUCCCCAGCAGCGCCUCGUCUCGACAGAAGGACAAGGUCAACAAGAGGAACGAGCGAGGGGAGACUCCCCUUCACAUGGCAGCCAUCCGGGGAGAUGCCAAGCAAGUUAAAGAGCUCAUUAGCCUGGGAGCUGACGUCAACGUCAAAGACUUUGCAGGUUGGACUCCUCUUCAUGAAGCCUGUAAUCUCGGUUACUACGAUGUGGCAAAGGUCUUAAUAGCAGCAGGUGCAGAGGUGAACACGCAGGGUCUGGACGAUGACACGCCACUCCACGAUGCCUCGAGCAGUGGGCAUAAGGAUAUUGUGAAACUGCUACUACGCCAUGGUGGUAAUGCCUUCCAGGCCAACAAGCGUGGCGAGCGCCCAGUGGACGUGGCAGACUCUCAGGAGCUGGAACAGCUAUUAAAGGGAGAGGUUCCACUGUCUGACCAAGAUGACAGCUCUUCAGAGUCUGAAGACCCACCGUCUGUCAAUCCAUCCAGUGUGGAUGACAACAUGGAAGACUCUGAUACUGAGAAGGACUCAGACGGCAAACCAGCCACGAAGGCCUCGUCGUCUGUGCCAGGGCUGGAUGAGUACGAGUUCAAGGACGAGGAAGAGGAGGAGGACCUCAGUAAAGCCCUGAAUGACAGACACAUCCUCCGGAGGGAACUACGGCAGCGGGAGAAGGAGGACAAAGAUAGGAAUCAUGUGGCAGCGAAGCAGAGUGGCAAAGGAGACUCCUCUUCCAAGUCCAAAAAGCAGAAGACUUCUCGUGUCCACUGCAGCUCGGAUACCUCCAGCGACGAAAUGGAGAGCCUUCCAGAGAAAAGAAAUUCCCCCACCUGCUCUCAGAGCUCGGAGAGCCUCAAGGCUGACACGAGGUCUAAAAAGGAGAAUGCUGAGCAAAAGGGCAAGGUCAAGAGAAAGAGCAAAAGCCAGAAUAAAAACAAGGAAAACCAAGAAGAUGGGAAAGAGAACAGCAAAACCUUGGUACUCUCUCUCGCAACCGUGUCCGAGAGCACAGAAAAAGGUCGAGAGGAAGACUCCUUCAAGAUGUCUUUCAGUCCUAAAGAUGACUCAUCCGUCCACCUCUUCCAUUUGUCAUCCAUAAAAUCUCCAAAGCUGAACCACAGCCUGACAGAUAAACAAACACCACUCAAACAGGAAAAUACUAAGAUGUGCAUUUCCAUCAGUGACAGCUCAUGUCCGGUGGAGGGUGUCAAAUACAACCACUACACAGACGCAGACUACAGCACUGAAGGCUCCAGUACCAAGGGGUGUAAGCACAAGGAAAAGAGCAAACAUCAGCAGAAAGACUCUAGUGUAGACGGAGACGACGGUCAUGCGAGUCCUUACAAAGAUGGCAGCAUAGGAAACAGCAUAGACAGCGCUGAAGGUGCCUUACGGAAGACUGACUUAGACGGCAAAGUAGUCAAGAAGCAUAAACUUAAACAUAAGGAGAAAGACAAACACAGGAGGGAAUAUGAGGCAGAACGGAGCCGCCACAGGCAGAAGGAGGCCAGGAAAGACAGCCACAGGAAUUUGGAGUUUGACAGAGAGUUCUGGAAAGAGAAUUUUUUCAAAAGUGAUGAGACAGAUGAACCUCUGCCAGUGAAAAAGGAAGGUGAAGACAAUACCUCACAGAAGACCUCUGAAUCCUCUCCUGUCAAAGAUGAGAGAAAUGCAAAGGAGAAACACUCCAGCAGCAAGGAAAAGAGGCAGAGAGAGGAGCGAGAAAAAGACAAGGCUGUGAAAAAAGAGCGGAAGGACGCUGCUGGUAAAGAAGAGAAGGUAAAGGAUUCAAAGCCGAGUGAGCGUGACGAGAGAGUGGACUGCCAUGGCUCAGGGCGGAUUCCUGAGGAGUCACUGCAGAGCAACAGCCUGAAAGAAGAGACUGAAGAGAAACCCAUAAGCGGGAUCACAGCUGAUCAGGAACAGCUGGAGCCCUCUGAAAGAGGAUCACGCGAGAAAACUGACAAGAGGCUCCCAGGAAAGGAGAAAGAUACGGAAAAAAUGGAGAAAAGACAUCCUGACAAGGAAAAAAAGGUUAAAAUGGAGCACUCUGACAAAGCAGAACCACAGAAUUCAGUGGAUCGUUGGAAGGAAAAAGAAAGGACAGGAGCCAUUUCUUCCCACUUGCCUGGAGAUAAAAACUACAAAGAGAAUGAAAAACUGAAAUCUUUAUCUGCAACAAAAAAACAUGAGGACAGCAGAAAAAAUAAAGAUAAGUUUGACAAACGGUCUGAUAGGGAGAAGCAAGACAGAGAAUAUAGUGUUGGGGAUCACAGAGAAAAGGACCGCACAAUCUCUGAUAAGAAAGGAAAACCUCUGGAGAAGACCACAGAUCACUGUAAAUCUGAUCGUUCAAAAGAAAAAGACUGUGACCGGAAAAAGAGGGAUAAAAUAAAAGAUGGGACUUCCUCAAGCUCCAAUCUGAAGUUACUUUUAGAAGAAAAGAAGGGCUAUCUGUCUGAGAGCAGCAAGUCCUUAUCUACCAAAUCAAAGGAGGAAGUUGUGAGAACACCAGACAAGGAUCGUGACCGGAGAGACCGGGACAGAGACUCGGAUAAACACAAGGAUAAGGACCGGCACAAAGACCGCUCCCAACAGGUCAAAAUCAACAAGGCCAAAACAAACGAGACAGAUUCAGACAAGGCCAAAUCAAAAGCCUCGCUAGCAACACGAGACACCAAGCCCAAAGAGAAAAGGCUGGUGAAUGAUGACUUGAUGCAGACCAGCUUUGAGCGCAUGCUCAGCCUGAAGGACCAGGAGAUUGAGCAGUGGCAUCGCAAACACCUGGAGAAAAUCAAACAAAAAGAGCGCGAAAGGCUCAAACAGCGGCCUCUGGCAGAUCCAGGGAAGUCCAAGCCUAAAGACAGAACAAAGACCGAACCGUGUUUGAGUAAAGAGCUCAUGCGCUCAAAAAGCUCUGAAGCGUCUGAUGCCAACAGCAGAGAUAAAUCCCUGAAGGACGGCACCAGCCCCAGAACAAUGUCGCUUGAUGGAAAGAGUCUGCCCUCCAUCAGCGCAAAGGUCAUGUCCGCUGUGGAAAACUGUCUGACCAGAUCACCCAGACCAGAGAGUGAACGCUGUGGCCUCAUGUCCAGGUCUGUGUCCUUGGUGUCUGUUGCUAGCUCAGAGGAUUCGUGCCAGGCGACAACACUAACACCAAGACAUGUCGAAUACGACUCUGACAUGAACCUAGAAGCCUCAGACUCCCAAUCUGCAUUCCUCCAGUCUUCCCUCGUCAUUCAAGCCACCAGAUCGCCGUCUGUUCAUGAUAAGGAUUGCAACAGUCUUCCGGAUGUGUCGCAAAGUAAUCGGACGCUGCUGUCCGGCAGACAUGAAUCUCCGUACCUCAGAGCUAUUCUGGAUGAGGAUGCCAACUCAUCGACUGAGGGUAAACCUGUUGAAAAUCUGCCAAAACCCAGCCCGCCCACUGAGGAGCUGAGAACAAGAGACGCCUCUGCAGAAACAGAGGAGAGCCUCAUUGAUCAGCAGUAUAUGAAUUCAGUUGCUGAUUCAGUCACAGAGAGAGAAGGGAGCACUCCUGUUGGUUUAACACCACAGAUGUUAAACCAAGAAACUGAGAGUAAAAACCUGCCGCUUCCAGAGUGUAGUGGCUCUCAAACAGGAUCAGCAGAGCAGAGAACUUCCUCCUCUGAUGCUCCUGUUGCGAUGGACGUCCAGUGUCUGACAGAGGAUCAACAGGCUGAAUGUAGCAACAAGGAUUCUGACCAACCAUCAAAACCUACAGCUUGUGGAUCUGCUGAGCCGUCAGUGCUCACAAACACAGAAACCUUCCAACAGAGGGAAACACUCGCUGUUUCUGGUGUGGAGAGCGUGCAGCAGACAGAAUCGGGUACCGCACAGGUUUUUGACCAUGAUGACAAACCUCUUGAGAGUGCUGGUAGGGCAGAACAAGAGAGGAGUGUGGAAACCGUUUCAGAAAGCUUCAGAACAGAGGCUGCAGGAAAUCUUGUACCGUCCACCAGUUUUCCCAUUCCCAGCUCCGCUGCAGGGGAGUCCUUGCCAGGCUUUUGCAAAACCAGCUCAGAGUCUGAAUGUUCUCAGGAGGAUAUGGAUGUAAAUAAUCAAGACUGCAAGAACUCAAGACCUUCCAGUGACGAUGCAGGUUCAUAUCCAGAUGCUCAGAUGGAGAACAUGGACAGUAUACCCCCAGCGUCGUCCUAUGGUGCAAGCCCUGAACACAAGGCCGAAGAGAUGACUGACGUCCUUCAGAGCUCAGAGAACAACGGUAGUGCUGCUGAUUUUGUGACAACAGAGAGUUCGUCAGCUGAGGGCAGCCUGGCUACAGACGGCUCUUCUGAAUCUAAAGCAGAGGACAGCUCCGAGCCGAUGGAGGUGAGCCCUGCCGAUGAGAAACCAGAGUCCUCAUCAUCUGGAGAAGAGCAGAGUCAAAGCACUAUCCAGUCGGCAUCUCAGACUGACUUCAGCAGCAGUGUCUCAGGGAGCUCCUCUCCACAGUCUGGAGACCGGGAUUCUGAUUCUUCUGGGGCCAAGGUCAAGGUUCGCUCUGUAGACGAGGAAGUGGACGUCCACGUGCCUCAUCCACGCAAAAGAAAGAUGCCUAAAGUGUCGACCUCCCAGUCAUGCUCCACGACGCAACAGGAGAAGGAGAGAGGCCAGCAGUCACUGGCUGCUAUUGUGGACUCUGUAAAGCUGGAGGAGAUUCAGCCCUACCAGACCGAGAGGGCCAACCCUUACUACGAGUUCCUGCACAUCCGGAAGAAGAUCGAGGAGAAGCGCAAAGUGUUGUGCAGCGUCACCCCCCAGCCACCACAGUAUUAUGACGAAUAUGUGACCUUCAACGGAUCCUACCUUUUAGACGGGAACCCCCUCAGCAAGCUCUGUAUACCGACAAUAACUCCACCUCCAUCAUUACCUGAGCAGCUGAAAGAGAUGUUCAAACAGCAAGAGGUUCUCCGUAUGAAACUACGCCUACAGCACAGCAUUGAACGGGAAAAACUGAUUGUUUCAAAUGAACAGGAAGUCUUACGAGUCCAUUACCGGGCAGCAAGAACACUGGCCAAUCAGACUCUUCCUUUCAGUGCCUGUACGGUUUUAUUGGAUGCUGAAGUGUACAACAUGCCUCAAGACGUGCAGAGUGAUGAUGGCAAAACGUCCGUGAGAGACCGAUUCAACGCCAGGCAGUUCAUGUCCUGGUUACAAGAUGUUGAUGACAAGUUUGAUAAACUGAAGACGUGUCUACUGAUGAGACAGCAGCAUGAGGCGGCGGCCCUGAACGCUGUGCAGCGUCUGGAGUGGCAGCUCAAACUGCAGGAGCUGGACCCGGCCACCUACAAGUCCACCAGCAUCUUUGAGAUCCCAGAGUUCUACAUCCCGCUCGUGGAGGUCAACGACGACUUUGACCUCACACCGAUAUGAGCCGUUAAGACAGAUGUGCUUUGCCGCCGUGGCGGCCAUAUUACGGACACGAGAGGCAGCCCGCCCAUUCGAGGAAAAGGAAAGACAAAUGUGAAGCACUUAGAAUGUGGUGGUAGGGCAAAAGAGAUGACUUUAGUCCAGAGGUCUUGCAGUCCGAACCGGCACACCCACCACAGGGAACGAGGACUGACUGUGCCUCACACAAAAGAAAUGGGGGUCCAGACCACAGACGAAGGCCAUGGAGCAGAGACCAAAAGCUGGACUGGGCGGUGCAGGGAGCUACAGCAAGAAGCAAAGUGUGGACGGCAGCCACCCGUGGCUGCUCCUCAUCAAGCUGGCUCACACAACUGAAAGAUUUCAAUUUGUUUUCAAAGUGAGUGUUCAUACAUUGUGUACAGACUGUGCUCUUAAUUUUUUAACUUAUUUUAUACAUAAACAAUUGUGCAUUUGUAAAUAGUCAUGUAAUUAUUAUUUUAAACUUGUAAAAACAAAAAAUAAUAGAUAUUUUGAUUGUAAAAUCGUUCUGUCUGUUUUAAUGGACCAAAGUUGGUUUUUAUAUCGAGUGUCCUCUUCGUCCGUGAUGUUCUUGUUGUUGGCUUAAAAUCUUAAGCAUGUGUUGGCUUUUGUUGUGUUUUUUGUUUUUACUGUAUCUUCCUUCCUCAUCUGGAGUUCCACGCCACAGCUGGUGUUUUUUGACUUUGGCAAUUUAAUGCUGUGCAUGCGUUGCGUUGUUUGUACUUUUUUCCUAAAAAGCUGUACUGUGGACUUUAUUGUGAGGUUUACUGAAUUGUUCCAGCUAUUUUUUUGCACCAUCGUGUCAUGUCCUUUUUGUGGCCUCACUCCUCAUGUGUUGUCCAUUGUGUCUUGUGCACAUUAAAGUCUGUUGUGGCUUCCAAGGAAAAAAAACAACAACUUUUACAGUUUCAAUGUGAGAUCACAACAAAACUAUUUUUUCAACAUAAUGCCUUUUGAACGAUAGUUCUAAAAAAUGUCUAUUUUAAUAUUUACUUGUUACAUGACUUGUACAUAUUUGUAAUAUAUAUAAUUGAAUAAAUUUUAUUUGUUGUGAAAUUAAAA